AUGGACCUCUACGAGCUGAACGCCCGGAAAUCAACACAAGGCUGGCUGGACAAAGUGUCAGCUGCAGCUGUCAGACAGGAUCCAGUAGAUUUGUCUCUGUACAUGAGCCUUUUACCUUUCGACAAUAUGACUAGAACCGGAUUCUCUGUGGAUUCUGGGGCUGUCGAGCUGGGGACUAAGAACCGCUUGAUCCAUCUGAUAGAGGUCCCCUUCGCCAGGAUGGCGGCGUCAGCGCACAGCGCCUGGCCAUGGUCGCUCAUGAGGAAACUAAGACUACUGAAAGAAGAGGGCCAAUUCAAUUCGGUUACGUACGAGAUGUGCCUUACAAGAGAAAACAACUCCAACGACCUCAAGGAUAUCAUGAAGUACUUCCUCGAUGAUUUUCGAUCUGAUGAACCCAAAGCAUUUCACGACCGCCACACCGUCUAUGCCGAUGCCCAGGCUGUCAUGGUUGGCGGCACUGGUACCCUGUCUGCGCUUUUGACCCAUUGCUUCUAUUACCUAGCCAAAAGCCAAGCCAUGCGGAAUCAGCUUAGAGAGGAGCUGGCACCCGUUCUCGGGAAGUCCGGCCCUGAAGAGUUUGCUUACAAGGACCUAAGCUCUUUGCCCUGCUUAGACUCGGUGAUUUCUGAGACGUUGAGAAUGCACAGCCCAGCGUGUAACAACGGGCCACGGAUGACGACGGAGGAUACUCCUAUCGAUGGUUGGAUCCUCCCGAAGGAUGUUGUGGUCUAUGUCGGCAUCCACAGCAUCCAAAGAAGCCCGAAGUACUUUGUGUAUCCUGAUGAAUGGAAACCGGAGCGAUGGACAACUCAACCGGACCUGAUUUUGGACAAGCGGGCAUACCACCCAUUCCUUAAAGGUCCAUUUAGCUGUGUUGGCAAGAGCUUGGCACUGAUGGUGGCGAAGCUUGUGCUCUCAUAUACGAUAUCGCUCUACGACUUCGGAUUCCCGCCCGGAGAGGAUGGAUCCUCCUUUUUGAGUGGGUGCAAGAAUCAACUCAUCGUCAAGCCCGGGAAGCUAGAAUGUGUGUUCACCAAGCUGCGUCCCAGUUCAGAAAAAAAAAAGGAAUAA